AUGGGUUAUUUCUUAGUCGAUGGUAUCUAUCCAAAGUUGACUACAAUUAUACAAGCUUUCAGUCAGACAUUGGACAUUCUAGAGUAUGUGAGAUUUAACAAGUAUCAAAUGGAUAAAAGAAAGGACGUCAAGCGUGCUUUUGGAGUGCUUCAAGCUAAAUUUCGAAUUGUCGGAUCACUGUGUAAGUAUUGGUAUGAACAUAACUUGAACCUAAUUAUGAAAUGUUGUCUUAUUUUACACAACAUGAUCAUUGAGCAUGAACGUCGGGAUAUGGAUUGGGGCAGAGUUGUUUCUGUUCCGAUUCCAGAACCUACCAAUGAAGGUCGUGUUUUUAUGUCAUUUCUGAAAACCCUAGAAAUGCACCUACAAUUAAGAACGGAUCUUGUCAAGCACAUUGCUGCAUGUCCGGUAGAGGAGGCCAGGCAUGGGACUUGUCUAGUUUGGAGGGUUCAUAUAUGGAAUACGUGGUACUUCCAUCAUCAGAUGGAGAUUAUGAUAUACGGAUUUAAAAGAAGAAAUUGUUCCCGGUGA